CAUAAAUGUAAACAAAAGCCGACGACACCUAAGAACAUUACGUUCUAUCACGACUGAUGAAAGAUGUCAACGACGUUAUCUAACCAAGCCCAAAUUCGCUAUGUUAUCGAAUGGUUUUGCGAGUGGUCAGAAAUGCAACGUGAUGACUUUGUCGGAGUAUUGAUGGAAUGCGGCUCUUCGGGUCUUGUGAAUGGUUUGCUAAGUAAUCUAAAUCUCGGCAAAGAAGACUCAAACAGACCGCCGAGUCUUUUCCAGUGCAGGAUCAAGCUUUUUCGCGAAUGGAGCCAAAAUUGGUCCGAGCAGGAAAAGAACUCGCUUGUAACAUCCAUCAAACAUAUGGAUCCUAAAUUUGCAGAAAAGUAUGACCAGAGGCUUAAUGCGGGUAGUAAUGGAGAGGAUGGCGCCGCAGCUGCCAUUCAUAAUGAAUCCUAAUGUUUUUACAUGAGUAACGAGAAAUGGUGAAAACGUUUUUGUUUACAAAUGCGAGAGACAUCACUAUUUUUGUGUGAUUUUUACUAGUUCUGCUCGAUAAUGAGAAAAACAUUCCAAUGAAACGAAAGAAUUCUGGAUUACCUGUAUUGUUUUUAU